AUGGCGCUGCGCGCAGUCAGGCGCCUGGCGGGCGGCCGGCAGUUCGCUCCCAUCCUGGAGAGCGUCGCGCAGCGGUUCAGCGGGAGCUCAGGCUCGUACGCGGCGUCCUGUUGCAACCUGCGGACCGUGCACAACUCGCCGGCGGCCGCGUCGCCGGUGCUGCCGACGCUGAACCCCGUGACGGCCGCUCACGCGCGCUACACGUCCACCCAGGCGCACCAUGAGUCAGACGACGAGGGAGCUCCGUCCGAGCCCCACCGCGUGGAGACCCAGCAGACCGUGAUGCCCCACCCGUCGUCCUCCAGCACCAGCGCCGCUCUCAUGCGUGGCGAAGACGGCGACGCCCCCUACAACUGGUUUUUCCAGCCCGUGUACAGCAGGGAGUACGUAGAGUCCGUCACGCCGUCGCACCGGCCGCCCAAGACGCUGCACGAGAAGGCGGCGCUCCUCAUGGUGACUGCCUCGCGGACGGUGUUCGACAAGGUCACCGGCUACGGCCCGAACAUGACGGAGGAGAAAUGGCUGCGACGCAUGAUCUUCCUCGAGACCGUCGCGGGCGUGCCGGGCAUGAUCGGAGGCAUGGUCCGGCACCUCCGCUCGCUGCGCCUCAUGAAGCGCGACCGCGGAUGGAUCCACACGCUGCUCGAGGAGGCGGAGAACGAGCGGAUGCACCUCCUGACGUUCCUGCGCCUGCGCAAGCCCGGGCGGCUCUUCCGCGCGAACGUCGUCCUCGCCCAGGGCCUGAUGUGCAACGCCUACUUUCUGUUGUAUCUCAUGUCGCCCAAGUACUGCCACGCGUUCGUGGGGUACCUCGAGGAGGAGGCCGUGAAGACGUACACGCACGCGCUGCACGACAUCGACGCCGGGCGGCUGCCGGGCUGGACGGAGCCCGGGUCGGCCCCCGAGGUGGCGCGCGCGUACUGGAAGCUGCCGGAGGACGCGUCGAUGCGCGACGUCAUCUUGAACGUGCGCGCGGACGAGCUGUGCCACAGCACCGUGAACUUCACGCUGUCCGAGGUGCCGGCGUGCGCGCCGAACCCGUUCAAGGCUGGCUCGAAGGGCGUGGCGUAG